AUGCGUGUGGCAAGCGUGCCCCUCGUCGCCACCAUCGGGUUUGAACUAGCCAAGGCCAAUAUCUACAAGCUGCUCGACUUCCUAGCCACGGUUAGAGAGAUGCUGCGGCGCCUCGAGGUUAUGGAGCUUGUGGCAGAUGAGGGCGGCAAGACUGUCGUAACCAACAAGGGACGUGCCGCCGCCCUCGCACACGACACCCUCGGUUGCAAGCUCAACGCGGCAUGUCUGGCCGCCGCUGCCCUGACUGAUCACGGUUUGACUCACACUGCGGCUUGUCUUUUGAUAAAACUAGCUGCGAUUGCCGCCUUCAGCGUCGCCGCCAACACGGCAUCGGAAGAACUGCUAGAGGAAUCCGACGAUGCGGCCCGACGAUGCGGCCCUCUUAGACAGCAUCCAGAGAGACUUCUGGGGCGGGCCCAUACAUUCCGCCACGCAAACGGUGCCCUGCUCCUGAAUCAUUCGACAUGCCUGACCUUUUGGAACGCUCUGCUAACGCUGGAAGAGAUGCACGGUCGGAAAUUCGUCCGAGAGACUCGGCCGGACCCUUUGUCAGCCGACGAGAUUGACGCUAUUCAGCUGCACCUCCUCAUUGCGUAUUCCGAUAGCUUGGGCAUUGUCCAGCGGGAUCUCAGUCGACGUAGUCGCUUGUCGGAGAUAUCUAUGGCUGAGGAACAGCAGGCUGCUGCUCUGACGCUCGAAGCGCUCCUCGAGCGCGUCUCGUCUGACCCAAGCGAGGAGGAUUCAGACGUGUGGCUGUGUUUCUCUUCCGCUGCUCUGGCAGCAACCGCGCCCCGCCUCCUCGACCCCCUCCACACCAGCAAUCGUCCGCGCCACGUUAGCGGCGACGAGGAUGGCGAGCGCGCCCUUUCCCGCGGCAAUGGCCGCACCGAGCGGAGCGAUAACCGCCAGUGGUCUAAUUCGCUCGUGCUCCGCUCCCGUGCAGCUGAGCUGAACCUCAUCCGUGUGCCCAGAAACGCGCUUGCCGUCGGGUCCAACCCCGCCGGUCCCUCACUCGCCGUUUCGGCGCAGCAGGACGUUCCUCAGGAGGCCCCCAAGCGGCUCUCUGACAUCGUUGGAAAAAAGGGUGUAGCCCCCGCUGUCGACGCCCCCGGCGCUGCCCCCGAGCCUGUGGUCCCGUUGGGCCUCGCCGCCAACCUUCCUGCUGGCCCUUUGGGAAAUAUCGUCUGCAGCUAUUGCGGAACUGUCGGUCACAAUAUGGAGAUGUGCAUGGAGAUUUGA